UGGGAGCGCCCAAGGAAAUUGAAUGUACGAUUACUGGGUCUAAUAUUUGCUCUUUCUUCGAGGGGUUAUGGGCUUAAGGAAGUCCUCUCAGGUUCCCCGGUUUCCUUUUUCGUUUUUACAGAUUUGGUUCAUCAGUGACGCCACAACCCGCAAGUAUACUCUAUAUUUCUGGCCGUCGGAUGCGUGUUGUCCUAGCUAUGUCUACGCAAGCCGAUAACGGAAGUAUGACCGGGCUGCCACAAGGAAACGCAUAAAAGGUGGAGCAUCUUCAUACACUUUCACCAGUCAACCAACCAACCUACUCUCCAAUACUACUUCUCAAUCUACUACUCAAACACAAUGUACGCUUCCUGCUCCACCGUCUGCACGUCAUCCAAGACUGUUGCAUACUCAUCCGACGAGUCAUCAUCAUCAUCAUCAUCAUCGCAUCAAUGCACGCACCACUCUCAUGCUACUCCAGUGUCAAUGCGCAUUUCAUCUGAUGAUGACUCUUGCAUCAACUUCAAUGCACCCCAGUGCUGCCACUGUGGCUGGCGUGGAUCUCACUCCCCUAGCUGCCCAUUCCGCUGAGCACACACGAUAAUUACGUUUUACUUAUAUUUAUUCCCUUUGCUCGUAAGUCAUAUUCCCUAUUGUUUCUUAUUUCUCGGUCAACUCAAUGUCUCAUCCUAGACUAUUGUUCUCAUCAUCCCUCAUGUUAUCACUCUCGACUUCGAUCACACCUGUUUUGUCGCAUUGU